AUGGUGGCUCGGAAGUUUGUUAUCCUCCACGAUGAUUCAAGCUUUCCGAUCGAAUACGACACUGAAGAUGACCUCGAGGUUUUACGGUUUCAAAUUUUCUCCAUCACUUUAAUUCCUCCUGAUGAGCAAAAGAUCGUUGCUGUAGAUGAUGAUGAUCGAGUGGUGUCGAAUGAGACUGAUCUCGCUUCUCUAUCCGAUCAACUUCGAUUGGUCUCAAUUGGAGGAGACUCUGAGGAGAGGUCAGAAGGAACCUCUGCUGAGAAAUCUGAUGCGGAGAUGAUGAAAGCAGACGAAGAAUUGGCACGAAUGUUGCAGGCAGAGGAAGAGGCGAUGAUGUUUCAACAGUAUGUUGCUGCACAAGAUAGCAACGAAUUUGGAGGGAGAAUAAGGCCUUAUGUCAGCCAAAUCCUCAUGUAUGAGGAUCCAGUUCGUCAAGACGCUGCUCGAAAGACUGUUCCUAGAGACGAGCUCGAGGAGAAAGCUUUGGUUUCUCUUGCCAAGGAGGGGAAUUUCGAGCCAUCGCACCAUGAGAAAGAUUACGCUUUCCUGCUUCAGCUACUUUUCUGGUUCAAAAGAUCCUUCAGAUGGGUCAAUGAACCUUCUUGUGACCGUUGUGGUAACAAAACCAUAGGCCAGGGGAUGGGAAGCCCACUUUCCUCAGAGCUUGCUUAUGGAGCUAAUCGAGUUGAACUAUAUCGCUGUACCUCGUGCCCAACAAUAACUCGAUUCCCUCGGUACAAUGACCCUCUAAAGCUCGUAGAAACAAAGAGAGGUCGUUGCGGGGAGUGGGCCAACUGCUUUACGCUAUACUGCCGCUCGUUUGGCUAUGAUUCUCGUUUGAUACUGGACUUGACAGAUCACGUCUGGACGGAAUGCUUCUCUCACUCAUUGGGAAGAUGGAUCCAUCUUGACCCUUGUGAAGGAGUGUAUGACAAACCCAUGCUAUAUGAGAAAGGAUGGGGUAAAAAAUUGAAUUAUGUUAUUGCGAUUUCCAAGGACGGGGUUUGUGAUGUCACUAAGCGAUAUACAAAGAAAUGGCAUGAGGUUUUGUCAAGACGAACUCUCACAACAGAAUCAUCUUUGCAAGCUGUUCUUCGAACCCUGACAAUGGAACGUCGACGUAGCCUUACGCCCCAAGUUUUAUCUGCUCUUAGUCUACGAGACAGCAAUGAGCAGGAAGAAAUCGAGAGAAACCUGCAUUCUCCAGAUGACGCCUCGGUUUCUUUACCCGGAAGGCAAAGUGGGGACAAGGAAUGGCGCAUUAUGAGAUCAGAGUUUGGUUCAGACGGAAAAAACUCUGUCAGCUCUUCCUCUUGCCCUGUUCGCACGUGCGUUGAUGACCAUGUGACCAACAUUUAUGACUCGUUUCUGCCUAUCCUGACUCACUUCGUUGAGGAUGAUUUACCUGUAGCAAGAGCAGUUGAGAUCCUUGACAUGAUCAAGCAAGUCCUAAUGGAUCUGAAGACUGCGCCUUUCAAAACGAGGAAGGCUCGCUCAAGUUCGUUCCCAGAGCAGUUUCUGCAUGCACUGGAAGGUUUGCUUCUUGCUCUUUCUUUGAAGAGCGAGAAAGACACAGACGGUAAAAGUCUCACCAUAUGCUUGGUUGGUAAACCAACUAAGACGGCUUUAGCAUUACCGGUUGCAUUGGACGCUUUAAGGGAACUGGUCACUGACCUCAGCAAAUGCCAAAAGUUGAGCAAAGAUUCACUGUCUUUUCCGUUUCUGAAACAGAACAGGGUAUGCUCUGGCUCUGUUCUCGCAAGUGCUGAAGAGCUUCCUUCUGGCAUUGCAACAGCAGCUUUUGAUGGAAUCCAAGAGUCCAAAUGGGAGGACCCUAAUGGUGCAAAAGGGUGCUGGAUCAUGUACAAAACACUAUACAACCAGAUGCAACAACUCAUAGCAUACGAGCUCAUGUCUGCAAAUGAUGCCCCAGAGAGAGACCCCAAAGAUUGGGUUCUUGAAGGAAGUAGCGACGGUGGAUCGACAUGGCAGGUUCUGGACAAGCAAACUUGUCAGGUAUUUGAGGAGCGGUUCCAACGCAAAUCCUACAAAAUAUCAACAUCACCCGGAUUCCAAGCAAAUCUCUUCCGGUUCCGGUUUCUGUGUGUGCGAGACGUGAAUUCGACCUCCAGGCUACAAUUGGGGAGCAUCGAUCUAUACAGAAGCCACCGUUAA